AUGGGUGAAGAUGAAAUUGAUACUGAUGCAAGAUCGGAAAAAUCAAAUUCGAAUAUUGAAAGUACAAAAACGACACCGUCAAAAUGUGGUGGUGGUUCAAGCAGACGUAAACAGCUUGCACCACGUUUUCGUUUAAUUCGUCAAUGCAAUGAAUGUGAUUUUUCUACAUCGAAUAUAAAUGAAUUUAAAAAUCAUAUGAAUAUUGAACAUUCCAUAGAAAAAUUAUUUCCUUGUGAUUCAUGUCGUUAUUAUUGUUUUUCUCUUUAUGAUUUUCAUUCACAUACAAAAUCUCAUGAAAUCAAAUCUGUACAAUCAUCAAAUUCAUCUUUUAUGAUUCAAUCAUCUCCGUCAGCUACAAUAAAAACGAUGACAAAUUUUUCUAAAAAAAUUUUAAAUUCUGAAGAAGAAAUUAUUGAUCAUGAACAACCAACAAAUUAUAUUGUGAAUUCAUCAUUCUAUAAUCAUCAACACAAUAAUAAUCAUAUUGAACAUGAAACGUCAACAUACGAUAAUGAAGGAUGUUAUGAUGAUGAAAGCUCAGAAGAUGAACAAGGAGAAGAUGGACAGAAUCGUUCUUCAUCGUGUAAAAAACUUAAUCUUUCUGUAACAUCGUCUCAUUCGCAAAGCGGUGAAAAUUAUUUAUCUUCUGCUUCGACAACAACUCCAGCAACAGGAACAUUUGGUAUUCGUGAACAAUUUUCAAAUACUCCAGAUAAUGACGAACGCUUACUUCCAACACGUACUAGUACAACAAGUGGUAAUGAUAGAAAACGACCAUACAACGUUUCAGUAGAUCCAGCUAGAUAUCGUCGUGUACCUGAUCCAGAUGAUGCUAGUUCAGUAAAAUUUGCCUGUUCGCUAUGUGGAAAUUUGUAUAAGUGGCGUAAAAGUCUUAAUAAACAUUGGAAAGAAAAGCACAAUAGUGAAUCACCACCACCGUUAGACGCUCCUGUUCAUAUUCGACCAACCAAAACUGCAUCAUCAGCAAUCACAACACCAACAUCUUCGACUUCUUCCUCAUCGUAUAACAAAUCACUUCAAGGUCGAAUUCGUCCACCACUCGAUAUCAAUUUUUCGCCAACUUCCGAACAACUAGCAACAUUAAAUAACAUGUUACCACAAACAUCAAAGUCAAUAAGUCUACUAGGUGCAUCGCAAUUAUCACCAAAUCAACCUCCGGUACCUCAUCAUCAUCAUCCAGCAUUUCCAUUUCAUCCAAUGGCUUCAUAUCAAUGGCUUAAUCCAGCAUGGAAGCCGAUAUUAGCUGCUGCCCAUCAGAAUCGUUUUCCUUCACAAUCUUUAGUGCAAAUACCAUUAUCAUCCGAUUUAAACCACUUUCAUCAAAGAAAUAUAUCGUCGAUUCAACAAAAACAAAAUCCUUAUAUGUCACCUUCAAAUAAAGUAUUAUUACCUCCACCGGAAUUAAGUUCAUUUUCUGAUACUACCAUAGUGCGAAAACACAAUGAGAAAAAACAAGAGUAUGAAAAUGAUAAUAAAUCCAAUAAAAAUCAUAAAGAUGAUGACCAAUCGCAAAAAAGUGAAAUAGAUGUGUCACAAACACCUUUGGAUUUAACAGUUAAAACAGGCAAACAUGAUCCUGUCGAUAAGAAACCAAUCAUAGCAAAUAUCUCAAGACGACAGUCAUCAAACGAAAUAGAAAAAGAAAUAAAACAAGAGAAACACCGAAAAAAGUCUAAAAAGCAUCAUUCACGAGCUAUGGACAACAUUAAAAUUGAUGAUAAUGAAUGUGAUAGCUCAUUUGAACAGCCUAAACGUCAUUCAUAUUCACCGGUCGAACAUCACCAAUCAACUUCUCGAUCACCAUCAAUUGAACGACUACCAGAGGAACAACACGACGAUCAUCAGCAACAUACAUCCUUGUCAGAUAUUGACGUCAGCGAUCAUAGUCGUGAAAGCUUUUACGAUCAUCCAUCUCGUUCACAUGUAAAAACAAUGUCAUCAAACCGUUCGAAUAGAACUGCUGUCAGUACUACUGAUAUAUCAUCCCAACAACAACAACAACGUCAUUAUAAGCGCCACUACCUCUCACAACAUGAUUGUAGUCAAAGUCCACAACCGAUUGACAGUCAACAAUCAUCCUCUCUCUUAAGCAGUGCCAAUAAUAGUCAAAUAGAUCCAACAAGUCCGUCACAAUCAUUAACACAUAUACCAAGUAUAACAAAUCCAUAUGGACAAAAAAUAUUUAUUUGUUCUGUAUGUGAUCAACGUUUUUUAGCUGUUGAAACAAUAAAUGAACAUUUUACACAGAAUCAUUUACCUGAAUUAGAACGAGAAAUAUCGGGUAAAUCACCACCACGCAACACUAAUGUUGCACAACAAAAUGAGGAAUGGAAUUUAAGUGAUCCGACAAAUCCAUUAAAAUGUAUUCAAUGUGACUUUGUUGGACGUUGGCCAACAGAACUACAAAAACAUGCUGCAUCUCAUUCAAGUUCUCGUCCAUUUAAAUGUCUAAUAUGUUCAUUAACAUACAAAUGGCGUUGGGAUUUAGCCAAACAUUUUGAUCGUGCUCACCCGAAAUUGGUAAAUCCAUACAAAAAACGUGAUCGUGAUCAAGCUCGAUCAUUAAUGGAACAAACAAAAAAAGGUGACGAUAGAAAUCGACGAUCGACUGGUACUUCUUCAUCGCCAUCAUCAACCACAUCAUCAAAAAAAUCAAUUUCAUCUCGAAAAAUGAUACCUGCACCAAUAACUAAACAGCGAAGAUCAACUACUUCACAAUUAAAUGAUAAUGAAUAUUUAAAUACAGAUUCAGUUGAUAAACCUGAAAUCAGUAUUGCUGAUUCGGAUAAUGAAGAGGAAGAAGAGGAUGAGAGAAUGAAAUUAGAUGAAGUUGAUGUAGAAAAAGAAAAUGACGACGAUGAACGUUCUCUAUCGCCACCACCCUCCAAAAAAAUAAAAGACGAAUCGCAUUCUCACAAUCACAUCCCUCGCACAACAUCGACUCCAGUAACAAUCGAUCAAUCAAUUUCAUCUCCAUCUUUACAUUCAUCGUUUCCUUAUAUGCCGAUGACAUCAGCUUCUCAUCCUGUUUAUUUUCCACCACCAUUUUACACCGGUUUUCCACAUCCGAUGUUCUCAUCGAUGCCAUUUAUGAAUCCAUCAUUACUUUUACAAUCACGUGAAUUGCAAAAAUUACACAGUAUGUCGAAUUUAGCACCAUCAUCAUUAACAUCCAAUACUCUUCCAACGUCAAAUGAAAGUUUAUCCAUACCGCAUUCAUCCGUAUCUCCACCCAACUUAUCCAAAAGUCGUUCCUCAAUUUCCAAUAGUAGUCCGUUCCAUCCGCAACAAAAUCAACGUCAACAAUCACCUUCAUCCAGUUCUUCGUCGACACCAUCGUCCAACGCAACAACACCGCAUCCUGAGAAUAAUUCAAAUUCCCAUGUACUAGCACAACAACAACAUGCAAAUAAUCAAUUUAUAUUUAAUCAAGCUAAUCAUCACCGUUUAGCUAUAGCUGCAAUGCAAGCAGCUGCAGCAGCAGCCGCACAUCAACAACAACAACAGCAACAACAACAAACAAAUAGUAAUAACGGUCACAUGUCAGCAACCAGUGGAAAUUUAUCACAAUUUCGACAACGAAAAAUUGAAAAAGAAGAAAGAAAUUUUCAAUGCAGAUGGUGUGAUUAUAGAGGACGUUGGAGAAGUGAAUUGAUUCAACACAUGCGAUGUCAUCACGCUCAACUCAAACCAUAUCACUGUUCCGCCUGUCCUUAUGCAUCAAAUUGGAAAUGGGACGUUCAAAAACAUGUCAAGAAACAACAUCCACAAGACCAAGCAAAAAUCAUUGAAAUUCCUGAUAAAUUUUUAUUUCGAACAACAGGGACAAAUUUAAAACAAAACUCAAAUCAUAAAAAUGUGACAGACGAGACAGAUCAACAACAACCACAGAAUGACGAUGCUGACUACAGUUAUUUUGGCUUAGAUGUACAACAAAAAUUAACAACAAUGAAAUGUACCGCUGAUCGACAAUUAAGUUGUCAACAAUGUCCAUUUGCAGCCAAUAGCAUGGCUGAACUGCGUCGACAUUUAAUUGUUCACUCCUCCGAACAACCAUAUCAUUGUUUUAAUUGUGAUUACAGAUCUAAAUGGAAAUGUGAUGUUAAAAAGCACAUGAGAGUGUGUGGACAUCACGGACCGGUAUUAGUUGGUAGAAAAGCUAUGCAAAAAGUAAUGGAAAGUUUAGGACUUGUUAUUGGAAAUACCGAUAAACAACAUCAAGCUGCAGCUGCCGCGGCUGCAGCUGUUAUGAUGCGGUUAGAAAUGAAUAAACAGCGUCAACAUCCUGAUUUAAUGGAACAAGAAGAAAAUAUAGAAUAUGCAGCAAGUGAAGAUGAGGAAGACGAUGAUUUAAUCAUGGACGAUCGAACAAAACGAGAAUGGGGCGAAAUUGAUAGCAAUGUUGCUUCACCACCAUCUGUCACUAAUACCAACACUCUAACAAUAAGUGAAGAAAAAGAAGAAUUAACGACAACACCACCCGUUAUUCUAAAUAACCAACGAAAAAAUCACAUGAAAUUAUCAUCUAAUUCACAAACAAUUUCGAAUAGUAAUUUACGUUGUCGACAAUGUGAAUAUGAAGCAGAUGAUCUUAGCGACUUAUUAGUACAUCGAAAAGCACAUGCAUCAAUGAAAAAUGGAACGAAAUCGAACACCACAAUUAACAUAGCUGAUAUUCUACCAUAUCAUCAUAAUACAAAUAAUAAUAAUACUUCAUCAAUACUGUCAAACAAUACUAUUCCCAUUAACAAUGAUGUUUCAAAUGAACAAAGUGAUAUAGAUGAGGAAAAUUCUAAUUUAUCCGAUGACAGUGUGAAUGAUGACAAUCAAUUAACUGAACAGACUACUGAUUAUCUUUCUCAAUCAUCUCAAUUUAAACCUAAUUAUCAAAUGUAUGCUGAAGCAUUAUUAUGGCUUGAAAAUAAUCCAGCAAUAAAAGAUAUGACUAAAAUUAAUCACAAUAAAUAUUCUAUUGAAUAUAAAUGUAAAAAAUGUAAUUUUCUUAUUAUGAAUGAUCGUGAUUUAUUUUUAAAACAUCUUGAUAGUCAUGAAGUACAGGGUGCAUUUGUUUAUGAUCUAUGCGAUUUUUCUAAUUCGGAUAUAAACAAAUUUAAUGAGUUAUUUGUCAAAUAUUUAUAUGAUCGAGAAAUUAUGAAUUUUAAAUAUUCUAUCUAUGUAAUUAUAUUGGUAAUUACAUGUAAUGAAUUUACUGACAAAUUAGCAUCAGCUUAUUCACUGACACACGCCGAAGUUCAGCUAUUAUUAACAGAUUCCUUAAAAUCAAAAGACUGUUUACGUAUCGUGGAAAAUAGUGCCUCAAAUGGACGACCAAUUCGUGCUCGACGUGGCGAAACAAUAUUAAAGGUUCUUCAACCUCAAGUGACAACCGUAGUAGAUAAACCAAAUGAAUGGAAAUUAGUCCAAUCGAAAUCACUCAUACGAAAUAUCGAUCAAUUAUUAGAAUGCAUAAUAGUAACAAAAUUAAAUCCGUAUGAAGUUGAACAAUUGGACCGUAAAGUGGGUCAGAAAUAUAUCGGCACUGGUGGGUACGGGUCCCAAUCAGCAUUGGUUCGGCACUUGUUUGGCACGGGUGCACACCGGUGCCAGCUAGUACCAGUGAUCGAUGGCAUGUGA